AUGAAUCUGAAGCUGAACUCGAAAGUCAAGGUAUGGUGAACCCUAAAAGGUGAAUUUAACGAAUUGCCAACCUCGCUUCCUUCUUCGGCCAUUCUUCUUCCAAACGACAACUUCGACCUCCACGACAACAAAUCUUUUUGAAGGCUCUUGUCCUACCCAUACUCGAUCUAUCACUCUCCAUCAAAAUUCGAGUUGUCACAGCUCAAGAACAUGUCUUCCGCAGAGAAUUACGAUCACCUCUUGACCUUCGACGGCGGAGAGGUGGACUUAAUCGCUACCUACAAAGGAAAGCGAGUUGCAGGCAAGGUUGUGUCAGGAGCGAUGGGCUUGGCAAGUCCUGUCUGGAAGAAGCUUCUCCUCGGGACCCCAGAACCACGUGCGGCUGAAAUUAAUGCUGGCGACAAAGCAGCGAAUCCAGAAACAACAACCAAGCCGAUUGAUUGUACCGAUGACGACGGCGAGGCGCUCCUUAUCCUAUUAUGCAUCUCACAUCUUCAAUUCAGCGACACCCCCAGAAAGCCGAAACUCAUCUUGCUAUUCAAUAUUGCAGUUCUAUGCGAGAAAUAUGACUGCCAUGAUCUUGUACGCCCGUGGUCAAGUCGCUGGCUCAAAGAUUUGUGGCCAGCGUCACGCUUAUUCAAGGUCGACCAUGAUAGGUGCCUCUACAUCGCUUGGGCUCUUGGAGAGCAGGAGUAUUUUAAGGCCAUAUCUAAGGAUCUUGUCGCAACAGUCCAUCUGGUGGGUCCUGACCGAAAGGCGACUAAUGGCCGUGACUACAUUGACCGUGGUCCAAUGCCAGACGGGAUUAUUGAGAGCAUUCUGCAAGCCCGCACAAAGACGAUUCAAGCUCUUCUUGACCUGCCUUAUACCUAUAUCGAACGCUUCAAGAAUGGGACUUCAACAGUAUGCAAGCUGAAGUCUGAGAGCUGCGAUGCAAUCAUGUAUGGCAGCCUACUUCUCCAGCUUGGUCGGAUUGGUCUAUGGCCAAAGAAGGAAGCAAAGGACUACACUUCAUCGCUCUUAACACUCGAAAGAUGCAUCAGGAAUCUGGCUCCUACAUCUUUACCAGUAAUUCCAGGUGCGGAUGGCGAAAAUCACUCCGAUUGUAAGGCUACGUGUUUCAGACACUACGCAAAUGAGAUCAUGAACCGCCCAGCGGACCCUAAGCUCGAAUGCCAGCGCAAACAUAUGCAGAAGCGAAGCAAACCCAAGAAAACUCAGUACACCUCCUCGAAGAAGGUAGAAGAGGUUGAAAAGGAGUCUCUGAUUAUCACAUUGAAAGUGGCACCAAAACCAGGAACACAAGUCGGAUCCGGGGCUUGAGAUCGGGAUAGGGCAUACACUACGAAGAUCUGAUGGCGAGCUUUGAUCGGAAUCAUUUGACUAUUCUGGCACAGCACAGGAAGUAGAUCUCAAGCUAUCUAGCUGAUCCACUUCUAAUACACGCACGACUUCUCUGCUGCAGAAUUCGUGGCAUGUACUUUAGCUUCUAUCGACGCGAAAACAAAAAAUGUGAUCUCUUUUCAGUAAACCUCACUUCCCUCGCACUUGGUCAGAAAGAAGAAUGUCCCAAGUUCCUUCCGUGCAUUCGUCUGAUUUAUUGCAGAACAUGACUUUCCAAACAUCACAA